AUGAUGAAGAGAUUGAAGAAGAAGAAGAAGAAGAAGAAGAAGAAGAAGAAGAAGAAGAAGAAGAAGAAGAAGAAGAAGAAGAAGAAGAAGAAGAAGAAGAAGAAGAAGAAGAAGAAGAAGAAGAAGAAGAAGAAGAAGAAGAAGAAGAAGAAGAAGAAGAAGAAGAAGAAGAAGAAGAUGAAGAAGAAGAUGAAGAAGAUGAUGAUAUAUCAGUUAAAGAUACUAUUGAAGUUAGUCGGUACCUUCAUUUGGCGGGUUUUGCAGCCAAAUUGA